CCAGGUAAGCUUAUUUACUUAUAAAAAGCCAACAAUUCGGCCAUACUUAAGGCUUCUAAUUUCACCAUUGUCGCAUGUGAGCGCAGAAGAGCAGGAUAAUGCAAGGAUUUCCAAUUUUGAAAGCACUCGUUUGUGUUUUCGCGGGACAUCUGUUAUCUGUGGCGUAUUCCAAGCCUCAUUACAAACUUGGCCUCUUAACGCAGCUCAACACAACAGAUGGAAGUAGAUAUAAAUCAAUUUUGGAAGCGGCUGUUCAUAGAGUGAAUAAACUGUGCAAUGCUGAGAUUCAACUUGAGUAUGAAGUUCUGGACGAUGAGGGUAAUUGCACUACGGCUGCUGAAACAUUAAGGAAUAAUGACGUCAUUGCCAUCAUCGGACCUACCACCCACGCAUGCGCAAUGAUAGCGUGUAAUCUCCUAGGUUCCAGGCUACCUCUGAUAUCUCCAAGUGUCACAUGGCCUGAGUUAUCCAAUAAAACGUUGUACCCUGGAUUCUUCCGUACGUCGCCUUCAGAUGUACAACAGUCACCAGCUCUUGUAGGAUUUAUACGCCAAUACUCCAUAGAUCAGAUUGGCGUUGUUGUUAUGGACGAUUCAGUUUCCUUGGAGAUCAACGCAGGCUUACAACGGAUGAUCCAAAGUUUUUCUCGCCCCCAUAUCAGCAUCAUAAGGAACGUGACAUGUGCAAAUACGAGCCAUGCGAUUCGCCAGUGUUUAUAUGAGCUCAACAAAGCUGGCAUCAGAGCUGUUGUCCUAAUAGCCCAACACACACACGCAGCCCCACUACUUGAUGAAAUCUUUGAAAUGGGAAUGUAUGGUAAAGGCUGGACAUGGAUCACAUCUACGGGGAUCAUUACAGAUCCACUUACAAAUAAUCUACGAUCACGUCAAGCGGUACUUGAAGGAUUUAUUGGUCUGGCGUCCAAAGGUGCUGAGGGCCCAGUUUAUUUUGAAUUGCUCGGUCAACUUCUGAAGAACAAGACUGGGCUCCAAGGUGUGGAUACUUUAAGCAUGGACCCUUCUCAUCAUCACGACGGGCAGAUUAUCGAUGCUGUUAAUGUCGUCACAAACGUCCUUAUUACCACCGCGUUAAAGAACUUAUCCAGAAACGCAACCCGCGAGGAACUGAUGCAGGGGCUAAAAGAGAUUACACAAGCUACAAGCACCGUCCCAAGCGCGACAGGUCUCGACUCCAACAUUUACUUUGACAACAGACAGGAUGGGCCAACGGCGUAUGACGUCAUCAAUGUCGUGGAUGGUAAAGUUGAAUGGGUGGGUUCCUACGCAUCCGAGAAAUAUGUGCCUAAAAGGUCACCUGUGUUCCCAGGCGGCCUUUCAAAGCCGAUCAUAAAGGCUCUGCACUACAAGCUGGCAGCAUUUCCCCCUCUCACCACGAUGCCGAAUCUAGCACAAGAAUGGGUUUCUGCAUUCAAAAUCGCAGUAGAAAAGGUGAACAGAGACCCAACACUACAAGUAACAUUCGCUUAUAGUGUCUUUGACGAGGGAACGAGUGCCGGGUCAUGCAGGGCCCAGACAAAGACAAAUUUGACGUCAUUUGACGUCAUACUUAGCUCUUCAGUCAUGUGCUCUGCCACCAUACUGAAUACCACAGCUGGGUGUGGUAUCCCCGUGGUAUCUUUUACCUCCGCACCUGAUCAACUGUUAAACAAAACUCAGUACCCUCUCUUCGUCCAAGCGGCGCCAACAUACACUGCUCAGGGAAGAGCUUUGGCUGAAAUUGUUUUAAAGUACAAAUGGACUCAGGUCGGCAUCGUUUCUAGUGAGACCUCUUUCGCUUCCGGCCUGACAGGGGCCGUACAGGCGCACAUGAAAUCACGUGGUAUAGCGUUAAGUGGCUCCUGGCUAAUUCGCGAAAAAGCAAGCACCAGUGACAUGCGCAGUGAGUUCACAAAGAUGAAAUAUGCCAACAACAUCACAGCUGUGAACAUCCUUCUCAGUGAUCCAAUCAUCACGCCUUUUCUUCUAAAAGCUGCCAAAGACGAGGGUCUUACCGGAAGUGGCUGGACGUGGCUGGUGUCUGACGGCGUGAUAACGUCAUUUGAUGAAGGAAAUACGUCACGUGAUGUCAAAGAGGCCUCGCAGGGUAUUGUGGGAGUUGGACCUAAAGGAGGAUCCGGUGUUGACUAUGAUGAUUUUGGGACUUCAUGGAAAGCGUAUUCAAAGGCUUCGCUUUAUACUGCACAAGUCUACGAUGCCGUAUAUGCUGUCGCACAUGCGACCAGCGGUCUCUAUCGCAAUGGACACGUGACCAGGACUACAGCGCCUGGUACAUUCGGGGAACUUUUCAUGGCAGGUCUGAAAAACGUUUCGUUUCUUGGCGUUACAGGGGUGAAUGUGUCAUUCGAUAGCAGUGGUGACGUCAGUGGACUGGUGGAGGUGCGGAACUAUGUGGGCAACGAUUGGUCAGUCGUGGGUGAAUACAGUAGCCAAUCAGAUACGCUUACACUACAAGCAGGGCGGGAUAUAGUCUGGCCAGGUGGAUCUUUCACUGCUUAUUCUCAAGAUGUAAAAAGACCCGAUAACUACCUCCAGCUGGUUAUUGUACUGGGCGUGGUGUUGUCGUGUUUUGUCGUCGCUGCCAUAGGAUUGUCGCUGUACUUUUCUCGGAUCCAAGAUGUGUACGAUCUGAGAACUGGUAACCUCGACACCCUGAACCUCGUCACUAUCAUCGAGAAUAAGUUUCACUACAAAGACAAAUUCAGGGCGAAGAAGCCGGAGAACAUAAGGCCGAUUACACCGCGAACACCUGCAACACCUACCAUCCCAACACCACCGGACUUGGAUGAGCCCUUUACAGCUCGUGCACCAACAACGCGAACGAUGCGACUGAACGCGUCAUUCAACGACCCCAACACAAGUUACUUGUAAGCCAACAACGCCAAUGAUGCGACUGAACGCGUCAUUUAACGACCCCAACACAAGUUACUUGUAAGCCAACAACGCCAACGAUGCGACUGAACGCGUCAUUUAACGACCCAAACACAAGUUACAUGUAAGCCAACAACGCGAACGAUGCGACUGAACGCGUCAUUCAACGACCUCAACACAAGUUACAUGUAAGCCAACAACGCCAACGAUACAUUUUAAUACGUCAUACAACGGCCUAAACUCAAGUUACAUGUAGGGCAACAAAGCCAACUGUGAAAUUGAACGAGUCAUUCAACGACCUCAACACAGGUUACAUGAAUGAUGUAGGCCAACAAAAACAACGGCGUAACUGAACGCACCAUUUUAACGACCUCAACAAAAAAUUUUAUUUGUAAAAAUGUAAAGAAUGCAAAUAAAUGGCGUUAAAAAUGAAAAAA